CCGCCCCCCUGCCAUCGGCCCGCUGGGGGGCUACGGGAAGCUGCUUUCGCCCGUGCCGCUGACGCUCUCCGGCCGCCUCUCGGCUCCGAGUCCCCCGCGCGUGGACCGUGGGGUAGGGGGGCGGCCCCGCGACGCGCUCCCGCAGCCCGAGGCCAGGGCCUGCUCAGGGUGGCCAGCGGCUGGCCCUCCUCUCGCCGCCGGUCCUUCCCCGCUCCUCCUCCCCGGCCCCCGCCACCCCCGCCUCCUGGCCGCCCCCGCCGCCGCCGCCCCAGGCCGAGCGCGGGCGCGGAGCGUGGGAGCCAUGGUGCGCGAGCAGGAGAGGGACCCUGAGCGCAAGGAGGCGGCGGCGCGGGCGAGCGGCGAGAAGGAGGAGGAGGUGGCGGCGGGGGAGGAGGGACUGAGCGAUAGCGACGAGGGCGACGGCGUGGAGACGGGCAGCGGCCGGGAGGAGGGCGAGCAGGAGGCGGCGGCCGGGUGGGAACGCAGCGAGGACGCGCGGCUGCUGCGCGCAGGGCUGCCUCCCGCCGCCGUCCCCGCCGCGGCCGCCCGCGACCCGAGCGGACGCCGCCCGCCGGGGACGCCGCCCGGCCGCCCGAGGAUGCCGCCGCCGCCGGGCGACCAGGACCGCGCGCGCCGUCGCCGCCGCCGCCGGCGGAGGGACCUUCUGCUGAGCCAGCUCUGUUUCCUGGCCUCAGUGGCGCUGCUGCUCUGGUCGCUGUCGAGCCUGCGAGAGCAGAAGGAACUUGACCUCAUGGAUCUCAUUGGAGAAGAUAGAAAAUGGAUGGUGGGGAGGAAGCUGAUGCAAGUGAAUGACACCUUGACUUCUGAAGAUGCAGGACUCUGGAGCAGCAAGAACUGCACUGAGCCAGCCCUGCAUGAAUUCCCCAGGGACAUCUUCUCCAAUGAAGACCGACGACAAGGAGCGGUGGUCCUCCAUGUGCUCUGUGCCAUGUACAUGUUCUAUGCGCUCGCCAUUGUGUGUGAUGAUUUCUUCGUCCCAUCCUUGGAAAAGAUUUGUGAGCGCCUCCACCUCAGUGAAGAUGUGGCAGGAGCUACAUUCAUGGCAGCGGGCAGCUCAGCCCCAGAGCUCUUCACAUCAGUUAUAGGAGUCUUCAUCACCAAGGGUGAUGUGGGAGUCGGCACCAUCGUGGGCUCUGCUGUGUUCAACAUCCUGUGUAUCAUCGGUGUCUGUGGGCUCUUUGCAGGGCAGGUCGUGGCUCUUUCCUCCUGGUGCCUGCUGAGGGAUUCCAUCUACUACACCCUGUCUGUGGUCGCGCUCAUUGUGUUCAUUUAUGAUGAAAAAGUUUCUUGGUGGGAAUCUCUAGUCCUUGUGCUGAUGUACCUCAUCUACAUCAUCAUCAUGAAAUACAACGCGUGCAUACAUCAGUGCUUUGAAAGGAGGACGAAGGGUGCUGGGAACAUGGUCAAUGGAUUGGCCAACAAUGCAGAAAUCGAUGACAGCAGCAACUGUGACGCAACUGUGGUGCUACUUAAGAAAGCCAAUUUCCACCGCAAAGCGUCAGUGAUCAUGGUGGAUGAGCUGCUGUCGGCCUACCCACACCAGCUCUCUUUCUCUGAGGCUGGCCUUCGAAUUAUGAUCACAAGCCACUUUCCUCCCAAGACCCGGCUCUCCAUGGCCAGUCGCAUGUUGAUCAAUGAGAGACAAAGACUGAUAAACAGCAGAGCUUAUGCCAAUGGGGAAUCUGAAGUGGCCAUCAAAAUCCCAAUUAAGCACACUGUGGAGAAUGGAACAGGGCCCAGCAGUGCCCCAGACAGGGGUGUGAAUGGGACCCGGAGGGAUGACAUCAUUGCUGAGGCUGAUAAUGAGACAGAGAAUGAGAAUGAAGACAAUGAGAACAACGAGAAUGAUGAGGAGGAAGAGGAGGAUGACGAUGACGAUGAAGGACCCUACACGCCAUUCGACCCCCCCUCUGGCAAACUGGAAACCGUGAAAUGGGCAUUCACCUGGCCACUGAGUUUCGUCCUGUACUUCACUGUCCCCAAUUGCAACAAACCCCACUGGGAGAAAUGGUUUAUGAUGACAUUUGCUUCCUCUACACUAUGGAUCGCAGCCUUCUCCUACAUGAUGGUGUGGAUGGUCACCAUCAUCGGUUACACCUUGGGGAUCCCUGAUGUCAUCAUGGGAAUCACCUUCCUGGCUGCUGGAACUAGUGUGCCCGACUGCAUGGCCAGCCUUAUUGUGGCCAGACAAGGGAUGGGGGAUAUGGCUGUGUCCAAUUCCAUUGGGAGCAAUGUGUUUGACAUCUUGAUCGGGCUUGGUCUUCCCUGGGCUCUGCAGACUCUGGCUGUGGAUUAUGGAUCCUAUAUUCGGCUGAACAGCAGAGGGCUCAUCUACUCCGUCGGCCUGCUCCUGGCCUCUGUCUUUGUCACGGUAUUUGGAGUUCACCUGAACAAAUGGCAGCUGGACAAGAAGCUGGGGUGUGGGUGCCUCUUCCUGUACGGCGUGUUCCUCUGCUUCUCCAUCAUGACGGAGUUCAACGUGUUCACCUUUGUGAACUUGCCCAUGUGUGGGGACUAACGAUUGGCCAGGCCACCUGCCGAGGCUCAGAUCCUCCUUUUCUGUGCAAUACGAGACCCGGCUGCACCCGAGUCGUGCGGCCCCUUGAGGGCCGCGCAUGGCGUCGGUCGGUCUCUCCCAUGCUGUCCACAGGCCUCCACUUGUGUCCUGGUGGCCUAGGCUCUCCCUGCCACCUCCUUUGCUCCCAGCUCCCUUGGUCCUACCUCCCACCCAGCCCCCCUCACCUGCCCACCCCCUUCCUGUCUCUCCUCUUCCAUGUGAAGACCCAACCAACAUCCACAUGAAUUUUCAAGCUCCAUUUUUGAACAGUGACUGAGAUUCUAGACAAAACUGGCUGCUAACUGGCCUGAGCCAGGCACAACUUACUCCAAUCCUCCCUCCUUUUUUAAGUUAUUUCACAGAAGAUACCCUAAUUUAUGACCAGAGACUUUUGAGGACACAGGAGAGGGUCCACUGAUGGCAGGAAAUGUUGGAGUUAUUUUGUUUGGGGGUGACUCCUAGGUUACUGAGUUUAGGGAAUUGUUUUACUUGAGGGGGCUCUUCAUUUCUUUACUUUUCUUUUCAGAGGUGGAGGGGUCCCCUGUGUCUUCUCUCACUGGGCUCUGGAUGAAUAGGUGAUCCACAGAUUGUAGUGAGUCUCCUGGGGAUGAACCCCAGGAAUGUUGGGAAUGUAACAUUUAGUUGGGAAACCACUGAGCAAGACCACCAGGAAUAAAUGCAUGACAUGACAUUUUUCUGCCCAAGGACACCUCACUAAAGUCCUGAAGGCGUCACCUGGGGGUGGGAGGGGUACAGUGUUAGAGAAGGGAAGCACACACAUGUUCACUAUGACCAUCUCUCUCUCUCACACUAGAUUCUUUCUAGUUUUUCAAGCAAUAGUUCUAGCCUGCCUGAAGCCUUUGACAGGGAGGCCCUGGCUAACUGUCCAUCUAAAAGGCACCAGGCAGUCAACAACAGACACUUCCCCAGCGUGUGAGUCCUUGAAAUGUGCUCUUGUUGCUUGGCAUUUGUGGUGACAGGGAAUGACCCAAGAGGCUAUCACUGUUCUCUGGACAGAAGUUACAGACACUGGUUUCUUGGAAAAUGGAGAGAAGCACAUUUUGCACAGAUGUCGUCAAUGAAGUCCCAAUUUGCCACUUGGUAUCAAGUACACUGGACCCUGACGGCUGGCUCUUGAGCAAACGUCCUUCCUCAAGGGAUGCCACUACCAAGCUGGCCAGUUUCACCCCUCCCCUCGUGGAGGGAUGGCCAGGGAGGGAGAAAGCAGAGAACGGAUGCCUUGGAACCCACAGAAUGCAUUAACUGCAGACUGGCUCAAGGGCACAAGUUAUUGUGAACAUUUCGCUAAUCACUGCUCAGCCGCCCUGCUAGAUUUUCUAUGAUGCUGAAUUAUUAUGCAGACUAAUUCCACCAAGUUGAGACACACCCAUGCUUGUUACACUUGUAUUUAUUGAAACUGUGGACUCUUGCCCGCCGUGCUGUCCCUUGUAUUACUUUAAGCACUGAUCACUUAUCAUCCAUUCGGUAUGGUUUUUCCCCGUCCCUUGUACACAUCCUGGUUUGAAUUGUAAAAAUAACCUGCUACAAAUUGGUUGAAGCUGAGGGGCAGCGUCCACCAAGGACCGGGAGAAGAAAUCACCAAUUUGGGCUCUCCGAGCUAAGACACACUUAUUGAUUUGGUUGCACAUUUUGCACUGGUUUAUGGCGAUUGUUUUCUUGGAUGGAUGGUGUAAAAUAAACUUCUCUCUUCUGUAUCCUCCCUGAAA